AUGGGGAAGGUAUUGCUGUGGAUAGCUUUGGCCAUUUUGCUGCAGUUGCAACUGGGCUCUGCAUAUAAACUUGUGUGCUACUUCACAAACUGGUCUCAAUAUAGACCACCUCCUACUCAGUACUUGCCCACAAAUAUUGACCCAGAUCUUUGUACCCACUUGAUUUAUGCCUUUGCUACUAUGAAAGACAACAAGAUAGCUCCUUAUGAAGACAAUGAUGAAAGUGAGCUCUUCCCUCAGUUCCAAGCACUGAAAAAGAGCAAUCCAGACCUGAUUACCCUGCUGGCUAUUGGAGGAUGGAACUUUGGCACUGAUAGGUUCACCACCAUGGUAUCCACAGGAGCUAAUCGCAAGAUCUUCAUUGAUUCGGUGAUUGCAUACCUCCGUGAAUUUGGCUUUGAUGGCAUCGACCUGGACUUUGAAUACCCAGGCUCAAGGGGCAGUCCCCCUGAGGAUAAGCACCGGUUUACCCUCCUGAUUCAGGAAAUGCUCACUGAAUUCGAAAAGGAGUCUGUGCAGUCUGCGAAAUCUCGACUACUGAUCACAGCUGCAGUAUCUGCUGGUGUGGAAACUAUUGACGCUGGAUAUGAAAUUGCUGAGAUAGGAAAACUACUAGAUUUCAUCAGUGUGAUGACGUAUGACUUCCAUGGUGACUGGGACUCUGUCACAGGAUGCAACAGCCCCUUAAAUUCAGGUUCUGAUUGGUGUGAAGAUGAGUGUUUCAAUUGUAAAUGUGCUAUGGAGUAUUGGGAGAAUCAUGGUGCCCCAGCUGAGAAACUUCUGAUGGGAUUUCCAGUCUAUGGCCGGUCUCUCAGACUUAGGAGCAGUAGUACGACAGGCCUCUGUUCAUCAAUCUCUGGGCCCGGUACUCCAGGACCAUGUACAGAAGAAGAAGGAUACUUGUCUUACUUUGAGGUCUGCAGUUUCCUAAAGGAAAAGGGCACUCAAGUGAAAUGGCUGGAUGAACAAAAAGUUCCAUAUGCCUAUAGUGGAAACAUCUGGGUAACAUAUGAUAACAUUUGCAGUUACAGAUACAAAGCUAAAUAUCUGAAAGAGAAAAAAUAUGGAGGUGCCAUGAUAUGGGCUAUUGAUUUGGAUGACUUCCUUGGUACGUUCUGCAAUGAAGAAAAAAAUCCUUUAAUAAGCGAGCUGAAGAGAUUGCUCGAAACAAGUGAUCCUAUUGUUCCAAACUGCCCUAAUGAAGUUGAUCCUCCAGUGACCCCUCCUGUUGAUCCUCCAGUGACCCCUCCAGUUGAUCCUCCGGUGACCCCUCCAGUUGAUCCCACCACUGCCUCUCCAGGAGAUGAAAAUUUUUGCUUAGAGAAAGUGGAUGGCAUGUAUGCUGAUCCAAAAGACAAAUCAAAAUUCUACGUUUGUGCAGGAAACCGCACAUACCAUUUGAGUUGUCCAAGUGAUCUAAUCUUUAAUACUAAUUGCAUGUGCUGUGACUACCCAAAACAUUAACAUAAACAUCAGAUCAAACUCACUGUCAAAUGCCUUUGUUCUUCUGAAAAAUUGAGAAGCAGCCAAGUUGCUGUACUUAAUAAGGAAAACCACAUAUUAAUUGUCUUACCUGCAACACUACACCUAACUUGGGGGGCACUUUAUUUAGUCUU